CUUCAUUUCAUUCUCUUGUUUCGAAUAGAUAAAAACCUCGUUGAGAAUAUCAUCUUUCUGACGACUGUCAGAUGGAAAUACCAGACCAUGGAAGAAACUGACGCGCCAUUCACAAAAUCAUUCAWCCAGAAUCAUCGACGCCGGCGAGCUAAACCGAACCAACCGAACGAGAAUCUCCCUCCACCGUUGUCGGUACAUCCCGGCGGGGAAAAGAGUGGUUCUGUCCAAUAUUACUAUGAUGAUUCGGCUGGGGACGACAAAGGUCACCGUCACAACGAAGAUCGUAUCUUUCAGGGUUCCUGUUCCUUUGGGCAAUUCGUUUUGAAUCCUUGUCUCUGCAUGUUCAAUGCGGCCUACUCGUGCAUCCACGGGUGGCGAUUUCGCCGAAGAGAGAAGAAGAUGGCACGGGCACUCUUCUUUGUGGUUGGGGUUGGGACCAUCGCCAUUUAUUCACUUUCGGAUGCAGAAUCCCAGUUUACUCGGCGUUCUCUGGGUUUCUCGACACCGGGACGUCCUCUCACCGACGAAAUGGUGAAUCAGAUUCCCGUUACGAUUCCCAUUUUGGAUUUUAGGAAAGAUAUCGGUGGAUGGUCACAUCUCAGGAGGUUUUUUCACYCCACUUUAGAUUUGAACUCAGUGGGUAUGCCGGACUUUGGAGACCUGGACGUGAUGCUAAAGAGAGAGAGUGAUACCGUAAAAGUUGAAGACGUAGACGAAAGCCAGAUGUUAUUCUCUUCGUCACUUCACAGCACUCAGUUGUUGGCAAAAGCGAGAACCAUAAACCYAGAUGAUGAAAAAUUAGCUCUCGCUCACUGGGAAGAAUCGUAUGAGAGCGACUAUUAUGUUCAUACUUAUGAUCGUUUCCCCGAAGAACGCGAGGAUGAAAAACGGAAAUGUCGACAACCGAAUUGGGCAAAACGGUACUACCCACAAUGCGUACGUCAAUUCAUUAUCGUUUGUGCAGUACASCCGUGUAGCUGGCGAGGCGUGCAAUGAUUAUUGGCAGGUACUUCYACUGUUUUCUKAACAUUUCGCAAAUGUACAUUUUCUUCGCAGAAUUCGAUUCACGAAAUCGCUUUGACAAGAGAUUAUGAUCCAGAGGCUGCUAAAAGUCCCGGAUACGACCAGCCCUUCGACAAUUUCUACAUAAGUCACGGCUACUAUCGUGAUGUCUGGUAAGUUAUCAUUUGUUCUUACUAUUGAUCCGCUGUUGCACGCCRAUACAAGAUUAUUGUCAAAGAUUUAAUCUCACGUUUUUCUUUAGGGUGAUUCACCAGCAAACCCCAGUAGAUGUGAAAACUGUCUUGAAGAUCACGAGGUACAAACACGAUUAUGAUAAAAGAACAUACUGGAACACUUUGGCCGAUGCCAUGGUAAUGGAGAGACUGACAGCUUCGCCUCGAAUUAUUGAUAUUUAUGGUCACUGUGGGACUUCGGUUUGGGUCGAGGUACGCGACCAGUUGAUAAUGGAUUGGCGUCUGUUUGUCAAUGACUUUAUUUGUUUCGAGGCUCUGCUUUGUACCUCACCCAAAUUACUAUCUUAUCAAUACAGGCUAUUCCCAAUGAAGUAGAGGAAGUCAUCAUCCAUGGAAAAGGUAUGGCAAAGCAAGAAGAUCUCUAUAAUGAUGGGUUUAAACCAUUKAAUAAUUAUACAGUCGAAGAGAAGCUUGAUAUGGCCUUGUCAAUGGCAGAAUCUUUAGCCGAUUUGCAUGGAUUUCGCGAUGGCGUUAUGUGAGUACUUCUUCUUCAGGAAAAGUGAAUGUUGAUAAUACAAACGGCCGGAAACAUGUCUUCUCUCUACAMAUGAUUGCUCUAUUCGCUUCUAAUAGUGUCUAUGUUUUUUCCCUAUCCAUCUUCGGAUAUUUACCGUUAUUGAAAAUACAGAGUUCACGAUGACGUUCAACUUUGUCAAUGGUUGAGAACUAAAGAUGGCAGGCUGAAACUAGGAGAUUUCAAUCGGGCGGAAGUCAUGGAAUUCAACUUGAAGAAAAAAGAAUAUUGCCGCUACUACAACGGCCACUGCUAUGGGAAUGUAAGUACUUGUUUUCCAGUUUUUCGUGUCUUCUUCGUGGUGGACAAUGGAGAGCGUGAAACUCAGAACUUUGAACAGAAACAAUAUACUCGUACCGCGCCAGUCUCACUUGUUAGAUAUUUUACAUUGAUUAUUACUUGUUCAGUAUCGCGCCCCGGAAGAAUAUGCCAAAGACUAUUUGAACGAGGCGAUUGAUGUCUUUUCUUUCGGCAACAAUAUUUAUGGCCUAUUGACUGGUCUUUGGGUAUUUUACGAUACUGACGAUGACCCGUCGGUUCAAUCCAUGGUUAUAAACGGAACAAGGGCCUUGAUAGACCCUCGAUGGAGGGAGCGGAGCUUCAUCGAAUCAAAACUAGUGGACGUGAUGGAGCAAUGCUGGAAAUCUGAUAUACAUGAACGAAUGGACAUUUUUCAGGCAGUGCAGAAACUGAGAGAGGUGAAGAAAGAGUAUGAAAAAARGAAAACGUGAUCAUUGCUUCGUUCUCAAUCGUAUGCAAUUGUGUUUGCCUAUAAAAUGUUCAAUUGACAAGAGCUUUGCUUCACAGUGUGACAGAUGUAGAGACAGAGGCUACCAAAGGUACGCGCAAUGGUUUUUGAUGGCCUCCACUUAUCAAGGAGCACAUCAUCAAUCACUUUUGGAGGUGACCGAGAAAAUGAAGCUUCCAAACAGACAAUUCUAGCUGAUGUCAUAAAUUGUUGCAGCAUAAGCUAGUGUGUGUGGUAUUUUGCUGUGAUUGAGAGUUCAUUCACAACCUCAUUACUUUAAUUUACAGCUCACACUGGAGUUUACUCAUGUGAAACAAUAUCAAAACGACAAAUCAAGUGAAUCAAAUAAUCCUUGGUUCAUAAUCACAAACAAUUUCAAAUUCUUCUGAUCUCUUGUUUCCUUUUUUAAUACCCCAACUUAUCAGUAUGUACUGUAUCAUAGCAACAGUAGUUCCAAUGUAAAGUACUUCUUGUUGCYUUCUAGUAGUAGCACAGUGCUACUAAUUUGAUAAAUAUUUUAAUAAUUU